GCCAGAUGGAGAGUAUGGACACUGAUAUGAUGGAAGCAGCGGUGCCUCCGCCGGCCGCCCAAGGCGGCGACGACGACGUGGUCAGAAGUCUGCUCAUUUUGGCUCGGCAGCUCGUUGAUCAGGCUAAGCCUUCCCAGGCUCUCCAAGCGGUAUUGAACCAGACACGAGUUACAAAAUCAUCAGAUUUGGUGGAAACCCCAAAGCCAACAGUUCCCCUUGUUGAACAAGGACCUAAUUUCGGGGAAGAUUAUUGGCAAUGUUGAGGGAAAAGAAGGCCUAUAUUAUGUUAAUGGAGCUGCUGGAAAUAAAGGGACUUAAAGGUUAGUUACAGCAAGUAUUUGAAGUCAAAGACCCAAGACAACUAAGGUAUUUCCUAGAAAUGGAAGUAGCAAAGAGUAAGGAGGGAAUCUUUAUUUCCAGGAGAAAGUAUAUGUUGGAUCUACGGAAGGAGACAGGUAAGCUUGGCUAUAAGCUAGCUAGCACACCAUUGGAACCCAACUAGAAGGCUAUAGAGGAUGGCACAGAAACAGUCGUGGAAAAAGGUAGAUACUAAAGGUGGUGAUGGCAAUGAAAUCCAAAGGUGGAGAUGAAGCUGUAUUUCAGACCCUGAACCGUGCACGUGAGCAAUACAGAAACAAACUGCAAACAAAUGCAGCUGCUGAUGAGUUGGCUUCUUUAUUUGCCGAGUGUGCAAUUGCUGAAGCCUUGCCUACGCCAUCUGAACAAUCUCAACAUAGUACGGCACUGCCAUCAAUUGAACUAGAUGCUAAUGGAACUUCAAUCCUUGCAGAGAGUGGGCGGAAGCAAAUUGUUCUCGAUGCUGUCUCAGACGGAAGCAGCUUUGUAUGUUUACAGUGUGGAGGUUUAGUUGGUAAUGCUCGCAGAGAUGAACACUACAUGUACUGGUGCAGCAAAAUCUGAAUUAUGUUGACAGAACUGUCAGCCUAAUAGCUGCCGAUUACAGCUCCUGCUGCCAGUCCAGUGUGGUGGAAUUGGUCAUUUACAAGCAGGACUUUGAAGUUUAUGCAUGGGAUUUGCAUGUGGUUGCGUCAAACAUGGCAGCAGAGCGAUUCGCUAUUUUAUGCCUCUGAAUCUCAGAAUCAUGAAACAUGUAGCCCUCAAAUUGUUGUAAAAUAAACAAACAGUAAAUUCUUGAGUGUCUUUCAAGCUGGUGUUUUGAAUUGUACAUCUUUUAACACUUUCAUCUUGGGACCCCGGUGCUCUAAGCAGUGUGGUUAACUGGCUGUCCUGCGCAGAUGUAAACCCUAUGUACUUCGAUAAGCAAUAAGAGAAUGAGACAUCCUUAACCAGUA